AUGAUCAGGAAUUGUGAGUCACUGAAGUGCUUCCAGCUGGAGUUAUUCCGCAAAUUAGAGAGGCUUGAGAUCGAGAAAUGUCAAAAUCUAGAAUCGCUUUGUAUGGGCGAUGGACCUCCUGGUGAUUUUACAUCCCUUCGUUCUUUAUCAAUCUAUAAUUGCCCUAGUUUCGUAACUUUUGCUGAAGGAGGAUUAUCUGCCCCAAAUUUGACAUACGUUCGACUAUGGGGUUGCAGCAAAUUGAAGUCCCUGCCAGAGAGUAUGCAUUCCCUCCUCCCUUCCCUUGAGAUUUUGGAAUUGCAUUCACUUCCAGAAGUUCAUUCAUUUCCAAACGGGGCUUUGCCCUCCUCCCUUUCUUCUCUUGAAAUCGUCGAUUGUCCUUUGCUGGAGCAAAGGGCGUUUAGCUCAGAGAUUUCUAAAUGUCCUAUUUGUCAGCGUCCUUCAGUCACCGAAAGGCGCAACCAUCCAUCUGUACCCCAUUAUGAUGCAUCGAUGGCUGGAAGAAUGCAGGGUCAUGUGUAG